AUGGAAGGGGGGCAAGGAAGUGGUGGUAGGAAUUACAUUGGGGAUUCUCUAUUGCAAUUGGAUCCUGCUACAAGUCAAAUGUUUCAAGCAUUUGCACUUUUUAUGCAACAGCAGCAUGCAGUGGAAUGCAAGGAGGCAAUGGCUACGAAAGCCUUGCAAUCUGUUGUUGGAAUUUUGGACCAAUUUGAUGGAAGAAAUAUUUCCAAGUAUCUUAAGUAUUACUCUCGGGAGAUGGAGCUCAAUAAGGUGCCAGAAAAAGAUAUGAUCCUUAUAUUUGAGCUUGCAGUUGUACCAGAGCUUUGUGACCAUAUAAAGGGUAUUAUUAAAACUCAUGGAGACAGAUGGGAAGAUUUUAUCCUACAGCUAAAAGAAGAGUAUUCUUUGGAGGAUGCAGAAAGGAGAGAAUUGGAAUUAUUAUUGGAGGAUAAUACAGAGGACAAUGAACUUACUACUGAUUGGAAGAAAGUCUCUGAAGCUGUGGGCAUACUUGCUAAAAGACAGUAUCGGAGGGGUAAGCAGCUGCCGUUCUAUAGCGGAGGGAGGGUUUGGUGGAAAGUAGUUAUUUCUACCGGACCCCCAACGAUUCACACCCUACCUUUCCACUUCCUCUACCGCUUAGAUUCUCAUAAGUAUGGCGCCAUUUCGACUGCAUUGUUCGCAUUUUGCAUCAACCUCCCUUCCUCUGCAUUUAGACAUUCCAACGACUGGAUCAUGCAAACCAUGUGCAGGAAGAUGAUGCACAGAAUGUCUGCCGUUUUGCUUUUAGUCUUGGUAGGAGCAGCAAUGACAGCGACGGUAGAAGCGGGAGUUAUAGAGAGAUGCAAUGGGGCGGUUCUGGAGCUUGUUCCAUGCUCUGACUCGAUCAAGGGCCCAGGCGCUGAUCCUGUGUCCCACGGUUGCUGCAUGGCCUUAAGCGAGCUCCUACUCUCACCGGAGUGCCUGUGUUACGCCGCCACGAUUUCGCAAGGUUUCGACAUGAAGCAGAUUCUCGGGUUACCGGCUGCUUGCAAAUUCCACGUUAAACCUCAUCAGGCAUGUGAAGGUAUUCCUAUUCCAAGCUACCCAGGACGACCUUCUGAAGUUUCUGCUCCCAGUAGCUCAAUUAAUGACCUACCUCCUCUUGGAUUCUCCGAUGAAAUUCGAGAAGAAAUAAGAAAAGAGUUCCGAGCACAUCAAGUCCGUUUGGAAAGCCUAAAACGAAACCCUUGAUGAACGUAUUCUUCCUCAAUAUAAACGAACGCUUCCCAGAGCUGCUUUCCACAUUUGCGACACGAACAAUGUGGAGAUAUCGUGUACAUAUUGUACCUCAAGCUCCAACUCGUAUGAUGUUUGUUUUAGUGAUCUUGAUGUGGGUUUUCUGAAACACUAGAACUAUUAUCUUCACUCGGCAUGCUGCUCAAUAGUGCCAUACAACUAAGUUAAAAGAGUACCGACUGACAGAAAUACACAUAAAAAAAGCUGGCCGAAGCCAGUGUAAACAAUUAUGAGAUUAAAUUAUAAAUCUUUUUCACAAACCAAUGCCAAUAGAACUCAACUUAGGCACAAUGUCUUGCUAAAGUUAUAAAAUCUUAUAAUUUUAGCAAUGAGGCUAAAUUUUGGCACAAUGUCUUGACUAAUGAGGUAAAAUGCUAUAUUCGAGUGUUGAGUUAAUUUUAAAUUACUUAACAAAUGAAAAUGUUUCGUGAGAAGGAAUAAGUGAAAACUGAUUAAUGAAUAAUUAAGUUUUUAAAUAAAUUAAUUAAAAUUUUA